CCCAAUCAUCUCUACAAUUUCCACAUUUCCUUUUGCAGUAUAUUCAAACUUCCUUAUUGAAGCAGUACCAUGGCUGAAGCCAAGAGGAUCUGCACCUUUCUGCUAAGAUUUAUAGCCUUCAGCACAACACUUGCAGCUGCAAUUAUGAUGGCUUCAAGCCACGAGAGAACUGCUGUUUUGACAUUAUCAUUUGAAGCAAAAUACUCCGACACACCUGCAUUUAAGUACUUUGUUAUCGCAAAUGCAAUUGCAAGCAUCUACGGGCUUUUACUUCUGUUUCUUCCAUCCAAAAGCCUGCUAUGGCAACUAGUUGUUGCCUUGGAUGUGGUUUUCACCAUGUUGCUUACCUCAAGCAUUUCAGCAGCCUUGGCAAUUGCUUACGUGGGCAAGAAAGGAAAUCCUAAGGCAGGUUGGCUACCCAUAUGCGACCAAGUCAACAAGUACUGCAACCAAGUAAAAGGAACUUUAGCUGUUGGCUUCAUCAGUGUCAUUAUCUACAUGUUGCUCCUCCUCUAUUCUAUACACACAGUUUUAAACCCUCUUCUUCUUGAAAAGUCUUAA